UUUAACGUAUUUUAAAUUUUUAAAUUGCUGUUAUAGUGCUUCUCAAAUUUAAGUGUGUUGGUGAGCCAAAUAAUCCAAAACAUGCUGAACUCACUGAAGCUUUAUACAAAUAAUUGGAAAAUAGCAAGAUUCUUAGUGAUCCAGGCUAAUUAUGGAUCUGCAACGAGUUCUGAAAGUGUGGACCCAUCAACAUUCCUGAAAAAGGAAAAAACUAGCAAAGCUAUGAAGGCUUAUUUAGAACGGUCCCGUGAACAUGAUCUCUUCAUGAAACAGCAACAACAUGAAUUUGAAAUAGGAAAGCGGCAUUUAGCAAACAUGAUGGGUGAACCUCCAGAAAAUUUUGAUAGUCAGGAAAAAAUUGAUGAAGCGAUUCGUUAUCUUUUUCCAUCAGCACUCUAUGAAAAACGAGCAAGACCAAUGAUGAAACCACCAGAGGAAAUUUUUCCACAAAGAAAAGCCGCUGAGUUUGAUGAAGCUGGUCGGCCUUUCCAUAGUUUGUUUUAUACAGGAAAACCUAACUUUUUCCAACUCCUCCACAAUAUUGUUGCCUGUACUAAUGAUUGUAACAAUUUCGAGGAUCGUAUGAUUCGUCAGCAGAAAGCAGCAGAUCCUUCUCUUCAAUUGGAUCUUUCAAGCACCCAAUGGUUGACUCAAGAGCAAUUGGAAUUGAAAUUAAUGGAAACGAUAAAACCAAUUGAAUAUGAUAAUUUUGUAAAUGCAAUGGUUCGACUUGGAAACCAUCCUUACUCUUAUCGUCAUAAAGACUUUAUGGAUAUUUAUCGACGACCAAUAACAAAUCAAAGUAUUACUUUGAAUGUUCCUAAGCCUAAAGUAGACGAAUCUGGACGAAGCUAUAUAACAGUUUACGGAUGUUGUAGAAAAAGUGCAAGAGGCCAUGUCACAAUUAGAGCUCCAGGUACUGGUAAAAUCAGCAUUAAUGGUGAGCCGAUAACUUUCUUCGAAUACGAUCAAGCUCGCGAACAGCAAAUAAUGGAAAAUCUUGGCUACAAAGAAGGCUCAACGAAGCCAAAAAUUCCAAGCAAACGUCGGAUGAGUCGUGUUCGAGCGAGUAUUGUUGAAAAUGAAGCUCUACCGCUUUCAUUAUCCCCAAGGUUCAAAAACGCAGCAGCAGCCUCGAUGGUACGAUGGCGUCAAGAUCCUGAAGCAAUGAUUGAAGAAGAAUUUCCUUCUGAAGACUUUGAAUACAUGGAAGUUGGCCCGUCACCUCCCGCAGAAAGUGCGCCGAGCACAAUGUACGACAGUUUCGAAGAACCGACGACAGAUUUAAGCAUUCAAAUUAGUCGUGAGUUGAUUAGAAAUAAUUUGGUGGAUCAAUUAAAGGCGUUAGGAAAAAAUGGUGACUUGAAUCUUCUGGAAGAUAUCGAACAAGGAAAUAUUGUGGUUGAGAAUUGUGCUGAGACGUUAGCGGAAACAAGUAAAAUGGAGAAGAAUAUUUUAUAUUUAUGGUGUGCCUUUGUAAAGCGUUGGGAUCUUCUCGAGCUAGUUAUAAAAGUUGGAGCUGAUAUACAUUUUUGUGAUCAAAAUGGCUACACGGCAAUACAUUUAGCUGCAUUUAGCGGUUGUUUAUCAAGUGUUAGCUUUUUAUUAAGUCGUAGAAUUGAUGUGAAUUAUCACACGAAAUGUUUUACACCACUUCACUUCGCAGCCUUUGGUAACUCGCCGGAUACUGCAAAGAUGCUCAUAAAUAAUGGAGCAAAAGUUAUCAAUGGAAAUAAUAAUAACACAGCAAAGCCAAGCCCUGACGAAUCUUUACUGCAUUGUGCAGUUCGCGCGAAUUCUGUUCAAUGUUUAAAGCUUUUCAUUGAAGAAGGUUGUGAUGUUAAUCAGCUUCGAUCAAAUGGAACAAACGCAAUUCAUUUGGCAGCUGAUCUUGGACAAAUUCAAUGUUUGGAAGUUCUUUUAAAUGCACCGAAAGCUGAUCCCAACAUUAGAAUCUGCAUUCGCGAAAAAGAGUCAACAGCACUCCAUUUGGCAGCUGAUGAUGGCAAUGUUGAAUGCGUCUCAUUGUUGCUUUCAAAAGGCGCUGAUGCUAAGGUGAAAAAUCAUCGUGGAUUAACACCACUUCAUCUUGCUGCAAGAACUUCAAGUCUUGAAGUUGUUGAGGUACUUUUGCGUGAUGGAAAUGCUGAUCCAAAUGCUGAAGACUUUGAUCAUCGUACGCCACUUCAUGCUGCCGUUGGAAAAUCUGAUUCGGCUUUUGAUAUUUUAGAGACUUUAAUAUCUUGGGGUGCUAACGUGAAUGCAAAGGAUGUUUAUGGCUUCACAGCGCUACAUUUAGCUGCCUUAGAUAGUCUCGCACAUUGUGUAGAAAUGUUGAUUUACCAUGGGGCAGAUGUAAGCACUAAAUCAAGGAAAGGAACAACUGCAUUAAAUGUUAUUAACCGUAAGACUCCCGCUUCACUUGCAAUGGUCAAUCAAAUAUUUGAUGAAGCGAUUACAUUAACUCAUUCACAAGAAAAUUCAAAUCGAGAGGUUGAACUUGAACUUGACUUUCGCAGCAUCUUACAACAUUGCCACCCACGCGAGAUCAGCUACUUGAACACAUUUGUUGAUGAAGGAAACAAAGAAAUAUUGCAGCAUCCGCUUUGCUCUGCGUUUCUCUACAUUAAGUGGGGAAAAAUACGCAAAUAUUAUAUCGCUCGACUUCUAUUCUGCUUUACGUUUGUUUUAUUUUUGACACUCUACGUUCUCACUGCUCUUGCACACAAUUGUUACAAUGGAAGCAAAGAAAUGGAAGAAACAAUUCAAGAACAGGAAUUAUGUCAAAAGCAAUCCAUUCUGGGUGAUUUGUUGCGCAAUAAUCCAUUCGUCAUGGAUAUGCAAUGGUGGGUUCUUGUUGCUAUAACAAUGAUUGAAGUAUUCCGAAAAUUCUAUGGGAUCACCGGUUAUUCAUCAUUUAAAUAUUACAUACGUCAAAUCGAGAAUAUUAUUGAGUGGUUUGUCAUUUGCAGCGUGUUCGUCAUCUCUCAUGUUUACACUGAUAGAACCUACACAUGGCAGAACCAUAUCGGUGCAUUCGCUGUGCUACUUGGUUGGACCAAUUUGAUGCUGAUGAUUGGACAAUUGCCAGCACUCGGCGCUUAUGUUGCCAUGUACACAAAAGUUCAAAAAGAAUUCGCAAAAUUAUUUGCUGCUUAUUCAUGUAUGCUGAUUGGCUUCACAAUUAGUUUUUGUGUAAUUUUUCCAUCAUCGUCAGCCUUCGCGAAUCCAUUCAUGGGAUUCAUAACAGUUCUAGUAAUGAUGACCGGCGAAAAUGAUGUUUCAAUUCUUGUUAACGAUCCCGAUGGCAAAGAUCCACCUUUUUUCCUCGAAGUGAGUGCACAAGUAACAUUCGUUCUCUUCGUAAUGUUUGUGACCGUAGUGCUGAUGAAUUUAUUAGUCGGUAUAGCAGUCAACGAUAUUCAGGGACUAAGAAAAACAGCUGAUUUAUCAAAACUCGUGAGACAAACUCAACUCAUAUCCUACAUUGAAUCGGCAUUGUUCAACGGAUGGUUGCCGAAUUGGUUGCGUAGUUUGUUGCACUACACAGCCCUUGUGUCGCCGCAAGCAUAUCGUGUUGUGUUGAGUGUGCGUCCCUUAAAUCCCGGUGAAAAACGUUUGCCACGUCACAUUCUCAUGUCGGCAUACGAGAAAGCAAGGACGAAGAAGCAUACUGGAAACACAGUGUCAGUUAAAAACUCUACAAUCUCGUAUUUCACCUAUAAGAAUAAAUUGGAGAAUAACAGUUCAAAUGCUCUAAUGGAUCGUUCGGUUGAUUCCGAUUAUUUUGAAACUGAAAGUUUGUGCACUUUAACGAAUAAAAUCGAAGAGAACGCCGAAAAAAUUGACCAAUUAUCGAAUGAAAUUCGCGAACUUAAGAAUGUUAUUGGUCAAGAUAGAACAUUAAUUGAACGAUUAAUACAGUUAAUGUCAACGAAGACAAUAGAAUUACAACAAUUAUCUACAGAGCAACAGUAAACUUCCUAUCAACAUUCUCCAUUCUUCAAAAUUCUGAAGAACUUUUGCAAACAUUUUUAUCACUCCAACAACAUAUUCGCUGAUUAAAAAUCCAAAGAUUCAAUAAAUAAAAUAUUUAAUUCAUAAAGUAAACUAAAAAUAUUAUAAUUAAACUUCAAAGUUGUAAAAAAUCCUUCAACUCUUAUCACCUACCUAGUUAGGUUUUGUAUCAAUUUCUGGUGAUAUAAAAUUUGAGAAAUAAAUUUUAGUCUGCAUAGAAUGUUUAAAUUUAAAUUAAAAAAGAAGCAAAAGUAAUCUUCCAAUUGUGAUUUAACUAACUUAAGGUAACAUUUAUAUCAGCUUAUAAUAAUUAUCUCUAAUUAGAUAGUUUAAAUUAUCAUGCAGUAAUUGUUUCGAAAACGAUAAGAACGAAAACUUUUACUUCAAGAGUUUCUUGUUAAGAAACGAAUAAACAUUCUUCUCAGCUCCUUUUGCGCAAGAUAUUUAUUUUUAUGAGUAAAUUACGAUCAUAAUUUACCUAAUUUUUCUUCUUUGUUUUAUUUUUAUUCGACGAAAAAACCAAAAGAUUUUGUAUCCAUUGAUAUUUA